CGAAAUGAUGCCUACAGCGCCGUAUAUUCUCCUCCUCAUGGGGUUCAUUAGACGACGGUUGACAUAUAUAUUGUCCCAUCAUUCCCCGUAAUCAACAUGUUUUGCUCAUUCAGACAGACAUCAAACACUCACACGCACAAGCCUCCAAAUUUUCCUGCCCAACAUCUCUUUCUCUCGUCAUACCGCCAACCGCAUCCUUCAACAUGUCCAAUGAAGGCCUCGAUCCACUCAAGCGAUUUAUCGUCAAAGGUAUCGCCGGAGGAAUUGGCCUAGCUUCUGAGAGCAUUUCGUCCUACCAGGCGCGGCGAAAAGCGUCUCCCAAAGACGCAAGCACUCCAAGUAAAUCCGCUUCGGAAACCGAGUCAGCAACAUUAAACGACGGUUUCCAUCCACUGGAGGGAGGUAUUCCUGGCAAUGGUAUCUCACAUACUCGGGAUGAAGAGUCCCAAUGGAGGCUAGAUGAGACCCAGGACCAGCUCCUACCCCCCCGUUCACUCGAAAAAGACCAGGCUGUUCAGCUCGAUGAACAUCUAGCCCGGCUCCGGGUAGAUGACUUGAACGAUUCACUCGCCCGUCGAUAUCCUCCGCCACUCGAUGUCAAGAGCAUACCAAAAUUAUCUAUGCCCGUCAUCUUGCCCCAAAGGAGGCCCAAGAGUCGACAGCGCGGCUUCAUUCGCGCCUAUGCACCUAUCCUCGACAGUGCCACCAUCUCUCAGGACAUGUUCCUUGAUUUCCUCGAAACAUUCCACAAGUCCAGUCAAGCAUCCCCAUGGUUUGCUGCGAUCAAUCUGGCAGCCAUGGGGCUGACUUUCAUCCCGCAUCUACCCAUGAUUGUCGGUAUUGCUAUCCAGGCCUCGGUGAUGAUUGCAGAGGACGUGCAAACCAGGACCAGGACCAAUUCCUUCUUGGACAAGGCCAACGCUGACUUCUUUCGCCCCCGCGGCCUCUAUUGCCUCAUCAUGACGUACAAUCCCGACUCGGCAGAGGGAAACGCAAUCGACCAAGCACAACUGUCGUCGACCAUCACCUCAACACUCAACCCUUCUGGCUUGCAGAAGUACAAGCAGAAGCUCCGCUCUUCGAGCGGCGAAAUAGAAUUUCCAGAGGCUGCGCCACUCGUGUUUCCAGGUCUUGAUAAUUUGGAUGACCAGCAAUGGGAUGAAACCACAGGGAAGAAAGAGAAGUCUGGAGCUAAGCAGUACAUCGAUGAGUAUUACGACAAGAGGGCACAGGCCAAAUUCGCCGGCAAACAUCCCGACAGUGUCCUGGCCCAAGGUCCUCAGCCAACUUUCACGUCUCGGUACGCAGAUCCGAACCACCCUGCUAGCAGUGGAUCAUUCCGAUCACUCAUCACCGGGGGGUAUAUUAAUCCCCCAUCGAUGUCAAGCCAUCAAUUAGGUGGCUUUGACAGGUCUCAACAAGGAGGUUUUCUCGGGUCAGAUACGCUUCGACGUGCUGCAUCUACCAAAGGCGAGGAGCAGAGUAGGUUUGGUGCAAGGAGGGAAGUGGUGAAUGACCGGGGUCAAGGCGGCCUCUUGGGGCUCCCAAGUCUUAGUGCGGUGAUGAAGAAGGCACUGAAGAAGGUGAGAUAUCCAAAAUGAUGGAUCCAUGCCAACAAACGCUAACGAAGAUACAGAAUGUCCUCUACCUGAUGGUUGUGAACAUGCCCUCCGAGGAGGAACUUGCGGAUGCAAUGGCCGAAAUUCAGCGGCAGCGGGAGGGGGGGUUCAAGCUGCCAGGGUUCCUUGCUAAGUUUUAGGAGGCAGUGGCCAUGAAGAAUGAUGGCAAAGGCGCCAAAGUCCUCGCAUCACAUGCUUCUUCUUGUUCAUCCAGGGGAUGAUUACCCACGUUUUCUAGAAACCUUGACCUGUUCGAAGGUGUGUGAAUGAGCGUCGUUGUGUGCGAAUAGUAAGAUGGUCAAAUUCCAGAAGCAUCGCUCCCGGUCUUUAAAUAACCUGUAUUCCAAGAUAAAUCAAGGCAGAGACAGGGGUUUGACC